AUGAGAAAUGAAAUUUUCUCCCUGGGCUUUUUCCGGGCAGUGUUUGCAGAGUUUUUAGCCACUCUUAUAUUUGUCUUUUUGGGGCUUGGGUCUGCACUGCACUGGCAACCAUCUCUUCCAGGCAUCUUACAGAUUUCUCUGGCUUUUGGCCUGGCUAUUGGUACAUUGGUACAGGCCUUGGGACACGUUAGUGGGGCCCAUAUAAACCCAGCGGUCACUGUGGCAUUCUUGGUCGGGUCCCACAUUAGCAUACUGCGUUCCCUUUUUUAUAUUAUUGCCCAGCUUGUGGGUGCCAUAGCUGGAGCAGGCAUUCUUCAUGCAGUUGUACCUUCUAAUAUUCGAGGAAACCUAUCAAUCAAUGCGAUAUCCAAUGGGACCCCAGGACAAGCCUUUGCAGUGGAGAUUGUGCUGACUUUCCAACUUGUCCUCUGCAUUUUUGCAUCAACGGAUAGUCGGAGAACUGAUAACGUGGGGUCACCUGCCAUAUCCAUUGGUCUUUCUGUAACCUUAGGACAUCUUCUGGGGAUUUACUUUACUGGCUGCUCUAUGAAUCCUGCUCGAUCCCUUGGACCUGCAGCCAUCACAGGAAUCUUUGACUAUCACUGGGUGUUUUGGUUUGGACCUCUCAUCGGUGGCAUUCUUGCUUCAAUUAUCUACAACAUAGUCCUUUUCCCCCACAAUAAGAGUCUUUCAGACAGAAUCGCAAUCCUGAAAGGUACAUAUGAACCUGAAGAGGAGACAUGGGAAAACAGACAGGAACACAAGAGGCAAUCAGUUGAGUUAUACUCAGCAAACCCUCUGCCCAAGGUCACAGAGAAGUUUUAA